UUGAAAUAUCUGUAGUACUGUAAACGUUGGUGUCCGUGAGAAACUGAGAAGUGAACUCAUACAAAAUAAUUAAUUUCUUACAAAUCACAAAUGUUUUUCGUAAAUUAAUCAUCCAGGAAGGUUCACUACACAUCAAAGGAUUAUGUGCACUUUAAGAAAGUGCUGGUGCAUUAAGGAUUGGUGAUUAGAUUGUUUGUAAAUAAUAAUAAUACAAGUAAUUACCAUGAAAUCUUGACAUAUUUUUAUGGAAUAGUUUUCAUUUUGUCUGAGACGACUCUCUUGUUGUUGUUGAAAACGAGCGUAGAAAUAAUCGAUAAAUAAGAAGGUGAACAUGUGCGAUCUCAUAGAUUUAAAUAGCCCUGACACAAAGGGCUUGUUGAGCACUCAACUUGCAUCACCUUUAAUACCAGUUCCUAAAGAUACAGCAUACGAUAAUUAUAAUGAUCAUGCCAAUGAAACAAGGUCUUUAGCAACAGAAAAACGUAAUAGCUUAGAAAAUAACCCUUUUGACAUGGUACUACACAAAACUACAGAAUACAUUCAGAAAAAACAUGAUCCUUUUGAGGUGACUUUGGAAAAAGCACUAAGAUCAAAACGUAAAAAAAAUUCUUCUGUUGAUUUUACAGACAGUCUUAAACAAAAAAGAUAUUCUCAAAAGUUGAAAAUGAACAGGACAUUAGAUGAAUCUUUAAUUAAUAGGAAACUAAAUCAGAAAACUAUAUCUACUAAUAAAAUAGUUAAUGAAAACAUAGUAUCUGAUUCGAAUAAAACUAAUAUGUUAAAUGAUGAGAAUACUAACAAUCCAUCUACUAUCGAUGUUCAAGAUGCUAAUUUGUCCAUUUUGAAUCAGUCUAUAAUGAAUGAUACAUUACUUGAACCAUUCAAAGAAUUGAAUAAAGAGGAAACAAACUCUACUUUACAAAGUAAGACAUUAAUAUGUAUGGAAUUAGAUAAAGUUAAUAUUAAUAAAAAGCCAACUUCUCCCACAUUUUUGAGAGUACCAAAACUUCUUCGAUCUCAUUCACAAGGAGAAGAAGUAUCUCCGAAAAGAUCAUACUUAAAACAUUUAUCACUAAUAGAAUCUUUACGUACAAAUUCUGAAAGUGGUAGUAGUAUACAUUCAACUGACUUCAUGAAUGAAGGAUUUUUAAAUAGUCGCUCUGACAGAGGUUCUGUAUUGUCAAGCAUAUCAAAUAUUUCUUCAAUGAAUAGAUUAAGCUCUGUUUCUUCUACAAGUUAUUUAUCAACUAUGUUAUCAGAUGGCACUAUUAAUAGAACAUUCCUAGAAAGUUGUUCAUCAGAAAAAUCAGAUAAUAUGAAAUUAACUGAACAAACCGAUUUUGAUAAAGAAAUAAACUUGGUUUCAUCGAUAUCAAUGUGCUCAAUAACAAAUGCUUCAAACAAAGCUCAUUCUUCAAUGUCUGAUUUAACAGACCAAUUUAAUAAACUAAAGGCUAAAACUUUAGAACUUCGUGUUCUUGAAAAUUCUCCAAAUGAAAAAAAUGAAAUCGCAUCUAUCUCUUCCAACAAUGUCAAAGAAUGUAUGGCUGUAAUGGAAAAAAAUGAGGAAUGUAAUACGAAUAAUAAACUCAUAGAUGUUGAUAUAUUUACGCCAGAUAUGAGCUCUAGUAAAGAGCAAUCCAAAAGUUCUAUUUCAGAUGUUUCAUCAGAUUCAGUAUUUUCUGAAGAAAAUAAAAUGAAUAAGUCAAUACUUCACGAAGCAAAACUCCUUGCAAAAACUUUUGAAGAUUUGGCUGUAAAAACAAGUUCUGGAUCAAGCAUUGAUGAUCUUAUUACAAAUAAUUCAUCAUGGACUUUAGAAUUAUUACCAGCAUUUGAUGACGAAGUAGAUAAUUUAAUUGAAUUACCCACAUCUCCUAAUAUAAAUACUAUAAAUUCAGCAAAUGAAAAAGUUGUGGAAUGUUCAUAUAAUACUGAUUCAUGUUCAAAUAAAAGAGAAACAAAUAUGAAAGAUUUAGAAAUGGAACUUAUUGAACCAAUAUCAGUAGAAAAACGUGUUGCAACUGCAACACUUUUAUUGGAUCUAAAAAAACUUAUUACAACAGAGAACAAUAUGGAAGCAAAUAAACUACUAGAUAAUUUAGAAACAGUUUUAGGUAUUAAUUGGAAGAAUAAUACCGAAUUACUGACUACUUAUCUUAAUUCAACCAAUGAUUUAUCAAAAAGUCCACAAAAAUCAAACAGUUGUUUAGAAAUAAAAAACGUAACAGAAAAUAAUAUGGAACAGAGUCAGGAGGAUAAUUUAAAUAGUAGUUUGUCAAACGAUGUGAAAGGAUCAGUAAUUUGUGCAGAUAUGAAUUUGAAUGAUUCAAAUAUGAGUAAAUAUUCUGUUGAUAAUCAAAAGAAUGUAAAAGAAAUAAAUGAUAAUGAAAAUGAGCUAGAUACUCAAAAUAUAUGUAAAAAAGACUCUUCUUGCAGAACAGAUAAUAAUAAUUCUUUUGAGAACGAAAAAAUUGUUAUGGAACUUCUUACAAACCUAGGAAAACUAUUAACUGGACAGACGAAAGAACAUUCAAGUUUGAAUUUACUUAAAAAUUUAGGAAAAGUAUUAAAUUGUGCUUCCAAUACCUGUGAUACGAAUGAAAAUAUAAAAAAUGAUAGUAAUGAAAUAAAAAUCCAACAUACUUCAAAGAAAUCUAAAAUAAAGGUCGAAAAUAAAUCGCGUACUUCAAUUUUAUCUAAAUCAGACAACAGAUUAAGUUUAGAUUUAGAAUCAAAAAAACAACCAGUUAGUAAGAAUUUUAUUAGAAGAAGUAUAUCAAUAUCUCAAACACCGCCAACUAAAAAUUUACCUCGUCCGUUAAUGUCUAAGGGCAAAAAUGCAUCGCAACUGAAGCAAGUUACAAAACGUUUUCCUAGCGAUCCUGGCUUUAUUAGUUCAACAUCAAGUACAACAGUUAUUACACAUAACAACAAGGAAGACGUAGAAAAAGGAUCAGUAACGGUUCCAAUAUUAGAUUUACAGAAAGAAAAAACUACGAUGAUCAGUUCCGUUAAAACUAAAUUGAAAAAAAAAAUUGGUGGGGAUAUUUCACAGAAAAAGGGUCCACUGAAAGCUGUUCUGCCCAUAGGCAGUAUGCACAAGAGAGAAAGUAUUAGUAAGAAAGUAAGUCCAAUCACGGACGCGGCAACGCCACCUAAAUUCCAUAAAAUUAUUAGUAGUACGCCUAAUUCAAUACAUAGUACCGCAGAAAACAAAUGCACUACAAAAAGAUAUUCACGGUCUUCAAAACCAGUGGCUUCCUCCACUCCGGAUGCUCAGAAUUCUAAAACUUGUAAAGUACAAUCGCAAAUAACUAACGGUUUAAAGAAGCGAAACUUUUCUUGCGAUAUCUCUCCAGUAACUACGCGUGUAAAUCUUAAUGAUAGUAAUGGAACAAAUAAUAGUUCUAAAAGAGUUAGUAAACUACCGUCCCCGAAGAGAACAACACCUAAACGUUGUCCAGUGAAUUCUAGCAUUCCAAAAUCUCAGACUCCGCCCGUGAGUAAGAGAUUGAAUUCUUCGUUUGAUGUUAAUCAGUACGAACGUUUGUGCAAAUCUCCACAGCGUUUGUCGCAUAAACGAUCGAUUUCUCAAAAGAAUUCACCAAUUUCCAUGAGAAAUACUAAUGGUAGUACACAAUGUAGUCCUCUAAGAGACAGUAAUAAAAUUAUUCACAAAGUGAAACCGAUCAAUCUGAUCUCGAAACUCCGACGGCACAGCAUUGGUACCAAUGUAAUGGAAAAAGAAAACAAUUAUAUUUAAUCUACAAAAGAAAUUAAUUUAUAAUCGAUUAUGGUUGUGCUAUUAAACAAACGUGAGAUUCUUUACAGUUUGCGUAUUUUUUUACUAUUACGUUUUUUAUACUUAUGUAUUUCGCAAUAAAAUAAUCCGUUUGAAAUUU